AUGCUUCGAAGCACCCUUCUCUCCGCCGCGCUGCUCGCUGCCGGCGCUGUCGCUCAGACAUUCACCGCAUGUAACCCAUUGAACUCGACUUGCCCACCUAACCCGGCCCUGGGAACCACCUACGAGCAGAAGUUCGACGGUUCCGUGAAAGAGUUCGACCCUCGCUUUUGGAACGUCACCGCCGGCAAUGAUAACCUGAUCAAUUUCGGCGCCUCGGGCGCCAACCUGGUCUUGCACGAGAAGGGCCAAAUGGUGACUAUUCAAUCCAACUUUUUCAUCAUGUGGGGCCAACUUGAAAUGGUCUUCCGCGCGGCACCUGGUACUGGUAUCAUUUCUACCGUCAUCCUGAUCUCCGACGACCUGGACGAGAUCGACUGGGAGCUCAUGGGCGGAAACCACAGCUUCGUCGAGAACAACUACUACGGAUGGGGUAACGUGGACCAGCGCAACGCUCAAUACGACCCUGUCUCGGUCGGCCCGCAGGACGAUUACCUCAACUACACCGUCGACUGGAACGCCGACCGCAUGCAGUUCCUGGUCGACAGCAAAGUCGUGCGCACCGUCAACUACGACGUCCCGGGCAAAUACCCUCAGACUCCUAUGCAAGUCCGCUUCGGUAUCUGGGCCGCUGGUGCUUCUGACGCGCCCGGAACCGUGGAAUGGGCUGGUGGCAAGACUGAUUUCAGCCAAGGACCUUUCGCCAUGAACAUCAAGUCCAUCCGCGUCACUGACGGCACUAGCAAUGUCACCCAGUACUCCUACGGUGACCACAGCGGGAGCUGGCAAUCCAUCGUGGGUACCGCCGGUCAAUCUCAAGCUUACCAGGACAUGCACACCCUCACCACCACGCAAGCCGCCGCGCAGCGAUGGAACAACCUCAGCCAGGGUGCCAAGAUCGGUAUUGCCGUCGGUGUCUGCUCCGUCGCCCUCAUCGGCCUCAGUGUCUUCCUCUUCUACUGCUUCGGCCAGCGGAAACAAGGUCGCGCUGAACGCGCCAUUGCCGACAAGGAGUGGCAACAGCACACCGAUGAGCUCAACAACUACCGUCAAAUGAUGGCCAAGGGUCAAUUCGCCAUCUCGAACAUGGGUCACGGUCAGAGAUUUUAA